AUGCGCAUGGAAGAGAUCUACGUCACUUGCUUGGAGGAAGUGGUGAAGCUGCACAACAAGUUUGGGCUCAGCAUGAUGGUCUUCAAGGCGGCGUUCGGGCUUCGAAUGGUGAUCUAUGUGGACAAGUUCGGGCGUCGAAUGGUGGUCUAUGUGGCACUGUGCUUGGAGAUCUACCUGGACAUGAUCGAGCUCUACGUGGCGCUGUGCAUGGUGAUGUUGCUCUACAAGGUCGGGCUUUGCAUGGCACGGUGCUUGGAGAUGAUGCUCUACGUGAUGCUGCGCUUGGAGAUCUACCUGGACACGGUCGGGCUUCGCAUGGUGGUGUGGCAGAACUUCGUGGACUUCAUCGUGAUGAACGUCUUCCUGGUGGCGCUGCAGAACUUCACGGUCUUCCUCGCGACGGAUGUCUUCAUGGUGGCGUUGCAGAACUUCCUGAACUACAUGGUCUUCCUCGUGACGGACGUCUUCAUGGUGGAGGAACUAUGGGUGUCGCACCAAUGCCGGCAUCAUGGGAAGCAUCUGGAGGUGGAAGUGGUGGAAAAGCUGAGCUGCCAACGACUGGGUGCUGAGAGUAACUCCCUUGGGGCUUCAUCUAGUGCAACAUCGGAGGUGGAUAAGGGGGGAGCUCCAGCUGCCACUCCUGUCGACGUGGAACUUCACAAUGGAUGUCCCUACGUUGCUCAUGAAUUUGGAGCAAAGCUGCUGACGGUGUUGGAACAGCAUCAAAUUCAACAAGAGCUGAAGAAGAUGACCUUGAAGUCUAUCUUGACAAGAGGGGCUGCCGGUCUUGGCAACAACAUGAGCAUUGAAAUGGCGAUGCUUGUCAAGCUCAAGGAGGUCAUGCCGACUUUGCCUGAAGAUUUGGCGUUGAAGCUGGUCCCAGAUCUCUCAGUGCUCACGGACCCCAACAUCGGCUUGAACCUUCCAUGGAAUCGCAGAAAGCGAAAAAGACUUAUGAUGGCAAAGAACGUGAUCAUCCACAUGUACAGUGGACCUGAUGCUUCUUACUGGGAGCGGCGUUUGUCAAAUGAGCACACUGAGGUGCUGUGCGUGGACUUGGAAGCUUCAACACCUUCAAAUGCUUUGGAUGAAACAACCUUUGCGUUUUUGCUUUCCUUGUGCGCCAGCAAACGUGUCAAAGCUCUACUUGGUGGUCCUCCAUGCAGAACAACAAGUGCUCUCAGGUUUCAAAAAGAUGAUGGUCCACCAAUUCUUCGAACAGAAGAUCACCCAUACGGUUUGCCAUCUUUGACUCCACAACAAGCUGAAUUGGUCACCAAUGACUCAAUUCUGUGGCUCCGGUUGAUGCUGAUGUACAUCCUCUGCGAAGAAGUGCGUCCAAAAGAACAAGCUCAAACUGCAUUUCUUUGUGAACAACCUCAAGACCCAGCGGAAUACCGCAAGAAGGAGGAUGUGGAUGAGCACCAGUACUUUUCAAUGUGGAGAACUCAGGAAUGGAAAAGCUUCCAAGAAGCCUACAACGCCAAGCUGAUCUCCUUUGAUCAAGGGCUGCAGUUGCUGAAGCAAUCAGCAGAUGGAUCCGCCGUGAAGCGCCUCCACGUGAAGGACCUGAAGAUCCUACUGGCGUUGUUUACGCCGAAGACGAUGUCCGACCUAUUGGUGUCGCUGCAAUUGGAAAUGAAGAUCACCCUUUGCCUGGCCUUGAUGACCCAGAGCUCUCUGGUGAUCCUCAAGAACAACAACCUGGAGAUGGUCAACCACCUCAACAACAUGUUGAACGAGAUCAACAACAAGCGGGCCAUGAAGCUCAACAUGAACAAGGUCUUCCUGCAGGUGUUGCACAAGAUGAACCUGAUCCUCUCCAAGAAGAAUCGGCCCGAAGACGCUGAAAUACGUGCUGCUCAAGUGCGAAGCCAUGGCAGCAGAGAACGUGUCCAUGCUGGUGCAGCUUCUGCAAUGAGUUUUUUGGUGGGGCAGACUCUUUUGGCCGAAGCCGAAGCUUUGGAAAUCAAGGGAGAACAAGAUGAAGCGGAUCCACUUUGGAUUGCUGCGGUGGUUUUGAUGAUCCUGGGGGCAAUCUAUGCUGGCAAGCUAGCAGUUCAAGCUGGUCAAUGCUGCAUGCGUCGAUUGCAAGUGUGGUUGUCAGCGCCGUCAACGCCCUCUGGUGAGAUGCAAGCCCUGAGCGCUGUGGCAGAAAUCUCUGGGCAUGCUGCUGCUGGUGGCAACAUUGAGCGCGCAUUGCAGCGGCGAGCAGCCGAAGUGAGCGAGGCACUUUUGGGUGGUGAAAGGUGCGAUGGAUGA